ACCGGGGAAACAAAAAGUUUGGAGACAAAUGCAGUCAAACACGGGAAUGCGGUUUCGAUGGAUCGGUCUGUGAUGAUUUGAUACAUCAGUGUCUUUGUCGACCAGAAUUACCAGUAACAAAUCAUCUAGACAAAUGUGGAGUGGCUGCUCGAGUGAAUGAGUCAUGUACGUUCAAUGCGCAGUGUGAAGCCGUCAACUUUCAAACUGAAUGCAAAGAAGGAAUAUGCAUCUGCCGAUUCGAAAAACAACCUAUAUUCAGGCCCGAUGGAAUCAUCGAUUGUAUAAAUGUUCAAACAAAGUACACUCCAGAAAAAUAUAUCGACCCGGCAAUGAUUGGAAUUCUGGUGGCGAUGUUUCUGAUGUUCAUUACCAUCUGCGUUGUUUUACGAUUAUUCAGCAAGGCCAGAUGGAGGGAAAACAGAACCAUAUUCAACACACCAAAUCCAAGGUUGAUGAACGUGUCUCUACUUAAAGAAAACAAACACCCCGAUCGAAGAGGAUCCAGGACGAGUCGUGGUCCAAGCAGACAACCAAGCAUGGUUUCUUUGAGAGCUCAGUCUCCCAAUUCACAAGGGCGUUUGUUUCUAGGAUCACGCAGAGGAUCAAGAGGCAGCAGCAAUAUCUCUGCAGCGUCUACUAGAUCCAACAAAAGUCCGCCGCAAGCCCUCAAUUCAGCAGCGACACCUAUGUUGGAAAGCGUAACCGUCGAAAUCCAAGAGCCCAAAGCUUAAACUCAGCUUGAAGGCAAUUUAUUCACUUUUCUUCUGGAAACUUGAGUAUGUCGCGAUGCCUCACAUUCUACAAUCCACUUACCUCGGUAGUAAAGUGAUGAUAGGGACCAUACAGUAACGUUUUUGUCCAGCCAUCACGUCUUGUAACAUAACUCUGUAUAUUUUUUUUAGUUUUCCAUUAUUUAUCCAAAGUUUACAAUAAGAAUCGUACAAAUAUUCUUGUAGUACAGUUCGUUUUUCUCCAUGUGCACAAAUUUGAGAGAUACUAGCACCAAAUUUUUAUGUAGAAUCUGAUUCUAUAAAUAUUUAUCUGCUUUACUUAAUCUCUAUACAAAUUAAGUUUGGUGGUAACAAAAAUACUGGGAAAAUUUUGUGAUACUACCAAAUAAAAGCUGUGAUUGUAUGUUGGUAGCUUAGUCGAGGACUGGACAGGACAGAAAGUGCUGGGAAAACUUUUUGCCCAGUUCAGUUCAUAUGCAGAUAGAUACGUCUCUGAUGGAGGUAUAUCUUUCUGCCCAAGUCAUCGAAACAUAACUUGUACAAAAGAAAGCAAAGCUACGUUCACGAACAUACAAAAUACAGUUGCUCAUUUCAUUAAUCUACUAAUCUAGUGUUAGAUACUUUCAAUAUUAAACUAGAAUUUAAACCUUAGAUGUUCACACGAAUAACUUCAAUAGGGAUACUCAUUAUAGGGAUAUUGACACGAGCUUAGCUCUGCUUGCAGAAUUUACGAGUUUACUGAAAUAUUGUGUGUUUGAUAUGAAGCAAACAUUUAUACUAUAUUGCUUAUACCUUUAUACUCUUGUACUGUAAACUUGUGUUUUCACUUACUUGCCAACAACUUUUAAUAAAAUGCUACUGAAUUU